CGGCGACCCGGAGGCAGCUCUGUUAGAGCGGCGGCGGGACGGAGGCUGGGCUGGGGAGCUGGUGUUGGAGCGGACCUCAGCGCCGACGCCGGGACUCUGCUCACCCCGACACUGAUCUCUGCCUGGCAGAUUGACCAAAGGCAAGAAGGACCAAUCUUGACUCUGUUCUGAUUGCUGGCUUUCACGGACGUCUGUGAUAGACUGGAGGCCCAAGCUCGUGGUGCUGCUGCCCUGCUCUCCCCAGACAUCUUUCUGGGGUCUACUUGAGGUCAGCAGGGUGAAGAUGAGCAGCCUUCUCUUAGCAUGACGACCUUGGACCAUGUCGUUGCUACCCACCAGUCGGAGUGGGUCUCCUUCAGUGAAGAGCCCCUGUUCCCUGUACCUUCAGAGGGGGCCACAGAAGAACACUUCCCAGGAUCAUCAUCUUCCUCAGACCCGUCUGAGAGCUCCUCCGGGGAGAAUCCUGCCGUGGAUGGAGGCUGCCAGGACCUUUCCCACUCUGAGCAGGAUGACUCCUCUGAGAAGAUGGGCCUCAUCUCUGAAGCGACCACCCCUCCCGGGAGCCCAGUGCAGCCCACGCCUGACUUGGCCUCGGCCAUCAGCAACUGGGUCCAGUUUGAAGAUGAUACGCCUUGGAGCAGCACCUCAACACCUCACAAGGAAACCGCCCUCACAUUGACCAUGCCUUGCUGGACCUGCCCCUCCUUCGACUCUUUAAGAAGGUGCCCUCUAACCUCCGAGAGCAGCUGGACAACCCAUUCCGAGGAUACCAGCAGUCCUAGUGUUGCUCCUUCAUACACGGACCUGCAGCUCCUCAGUGCUGAGGAGCAGGCAAGUGGCCGGGCUUCCAGGACCGACUCCACGGACAAUUCCUCCUCCCUCCAGGAAGAUGAAGAAGUAGAGAUGGAAGCUAUCAGCUGGCAGGCCGGCAGUCCAGCCAUGAAUGGGCACCCUGCCGUCCCACCAGUGACCACUGCCCGUUUCCCCAGCUGGGUCACUUUUGAUGACAAUGAAGUCAGCUGCCCUUUGCCACCGGCCACCUCUCCUGCAAAACCAAAUACACCAUCGGUUGCAACUCCCACCCCAGAUGCAUCUUACAACCCAACUGGGUCAUUUAAGAGGGACCGUCCCAAGAGCACACUGAUGAACUUCUCCAAAGUUCAGAAGCUGGACAUUUCUUCCUUAAACCGUCCGCCUUCCGUAAUCGAGGCACCUCCCUGGAGGGCCACCAAUCCUUUUCUGAAUGAGACGCUGCAGGAUGUACAGCCCUCCCCUAUCAACCCGUUUAGUGCUUUCUUUGAAGAGCAAGAGCGGCGCUCCCAACGCAGUUCUGUUUCCACGGGCAAAAGCCAAAGAGAUUCUCUCAUUGUCAUCUACCAGGAAACCAUCAGUUUUGACGAUUCGGGCAAAAGCCAGUCCCACCCCGAUGCUAUUGAAAAGCUCAAACAGCUCCAAAUUGAUGACCCCGAUCAGGUCGGCCCUGCUGCCUUGCCUGAUGACGACCCCAUAGCCUGGGUUGAACUAGAUGCUCACUCACCUGCCUCAGCUCUGUCUCAACCCAGGGAUGGAUGGCCGAUGAUGCUACGAAUCCCCGAGAAGAAAAACAUCAUGUCCUCUAGGCACUGGGGACCAAUCUACAUCAAACUGACAGACAGCGGCUACCUGCAGCUGUAUUACGAGCAGGGCCUGGAAAAACCAUUCCGUGAAUUCAAGCUGGAGAUCUGCCAUGAGGUUUCCGAACCCCGGCUCCAAAACUAUGAUGAGAACGGGAGGAUCCACAGCUUGAGGAUAGACCGCGUCACUUACAAAGAGAAGAAGAAAUACCAGCCCAAACCGGCUGUGGCCCACACAGCCGAGAGGGAGCAGGUGAUUAAACUGGGUACCACCAAUUAUGAUGAUUUCCUGAGCUUCAUCCAUGCGGUUCAGGACUGUCUCAUGGAUUUACCGGUGCUCUCCAUGGACUUGAGCACGGUUGGCUUAAACUACCUCGAAGAGGAGAUUACUGUGGAUGUGAGAGACGAAUUCUCUGGCACCGUAAGCAAGGGAGAAAACCAGAUCCUCCAGCACCGUGUCUUGACCCGGAUCCACGUCCUGAGUUUCCUGUCUGGGCUCGCUGAGUGCCGCCUGGGCCUCAAUGACAUCCUUAUCAAAGGAAACGAAAUCGUUUCCCGUCAGGACAUCAUGCCCACCACCACCACAAAGUGGAUCAAGCUCCACGAGUGCCGGUUCCACGGGUGUGUGGAUGAGGACGUGUUUACCAGUUCCCGGGUUAUUCUUUUCAACCCUUUGGAUGCGUGCCGGUUUGAGCUAAUGAGGUUUAGGACAGUAUUUGCCGAGAAGACCUUGCCCUUCACGCUCAGGACGGCAGCGAGCAUCAACGGGGCAGAGGUAGAGGUGCAGAGCUGGCUGAGGAUGUCGCCUGGCUUCUCAUCCAACCGUGACCCCCUCACUCAGGUUCCCUGUGAGAACGUGAUGGUUCGCUACCCAGUGCCCAGCGAAUGGGUGAAAAACUUCCGCAGGGAAAGUGUUCUAGGGGAAAAGUCUUUGAAAGCCAAAGUGAACCGGGGGGCAAGUUUUGGCUCGGCUGGUGUCUCUGGCUCUGAGCCUGUCAUGAGAGUAACUCUGGGAACUGCCAAGUAUGAGCACGCCUUCAAUGCCAUUGUGUGGAGGAUAAACCGGCUGCCAGAUAAGAACUCAGCUUCUGGUCACCCACACUGUUUCUUUUGCCACCUCGAACUUGGCUCUGACCGGGAAGUGCCUUCCAGAUUUGCCAAUUAUGUAAAUGUCGACUUCAGCAUGCCCACGACUUCUGCCUCCAAAGCAGCUGUGAGGUCCAUCUCUGUGGAAGACAAGCCUGGUGUCAGGAAGUGGGUCAAUUACUCUGCCCACUACAGCUACAAGGUGGAAAUUGAACAAAAAAAGAGUUUGAAGCCAGACUUUGAGGGAGAGGAGUUGGACAACCCGAAGGAAUGUGGGGUACAGUGACAGAGGCCUACUGUGUAAGGACCUGAGGAAUGCUGACUCCCGAGCGGUGUCUUCCUGAAUAUGUUAAGUCAACACCUGCUGUGGCUGCUUCCUGUGUGCAGUCACCUGUGUGUGACAGGAAAUCCUGAGAGGGGGUCACUUUCAAUAGUCUCCUUGACGCUGAGGAUGCCUGAAGCACGGGGUGCACCCGGCUUUUGGAGUGUAUUGUAUAUUGAGCCUCCUUGUCUCUUUUCUGCUUAUAUCAUGACACUGGGGUGUGGUUUAUGGUGACGAUUAGAGACCUGAAGAGAACGUCCAACGUCAGUCUUGGCACAGUUUGCUCCUGGUAUCCAUCUGUCCCUUGUAGGUUUCUGGAAAAAGCAGUCUGGAAAGUUAAAUCAAGAAUCCAUCUCCAGGGGUCCCUCUAUAAAAAAGUGAGAAGACUUUCAAAACCAUUUCUCCUUUGGGUCUACUAGGCCUUUUCUAGAAAUCUCCAUUCUUUAAAUGCUGAUUUUACUCCACAGAAGUUUUCCAGAUGUUUCCUUUCUAUUCUGGAUUGUUCAAGAUCAAAAUGUUUUUUUUUUUUCAACUCCUACUUUCCCAUUUGCUAUCCUGAGUCAUGAUACUCAGUGGGAGAGGUCAAUCAGAUUUUUUUUUUUUUUCAAAUUCAGGGGUUGGAGCUUAAUUCUACAAAUGGCCUGGAUUGUAUCCACGGUCUGUUGAAAAGAACGGAAAGCUGAACUAUUUUUUCUCCACUUGAAGGAAAGGGGACAUUAUGUGUAAUUAUAUUCAGUUCAAAGACAGGUUCAGUCAUAAUGAAUUGUCAGGGUCUCACCGAUCACCUCUAAUUCCUGAAAUACAGGCAUGGCUAUGGGAGAGGCCUGUGAGAAAGACACUUGGGAGUUCUUUUUAUACCUCGUAGGCAGUGACUGUUACAUGUCCCUUUAACUCGAAAUUUAGAGAAAACUUAAAGAGUAAAAGCUCAAUUGGAAUGAGCUUUGCCUCAAAGAACAAGGUUGGUGGUCAGCGUUCUGAAAGUACCAAGAGGCAGAAGCCUCCGGGGUGGGGCUGGAGAAAGCCGGAUUCCUGGUGUUGUGAACAUGAAAACCUGUUUCUGAGAACCAGAACUUCCCUUUCUGUCCCAUGUUCCCAGCCCACCCACUGUUCCCUGUCCCUGCUUUUUUGUACCUUGGUGUUUUCUCUCCUGAAGGAUAAAGUGAGGAGACAGAAUGCAUAUUUUAUCAGGCUGGGGACAUAUAAGGAAAUAUAAAAUACCUGCAGUUUGGGACUGACUGAUUCAAGAUUUAUAUAUUGAGCUCAUAUUCAGUGAGGUCGAUCUAUGUACUGGCCUUAGACAUUAGAAAUCAUUGCAGUGUUUUAAACUGUGUUGUUUUGUUUUGUUUUCAAGACAGGGUUUCUCUGUGUAGCCUUGGCUGUCCUAGAAUUCUCUCUGUAGACCAGAUUGGCUUUGAACUCAGAGAUUCAUCUGCCUGUCUCCAGAGUGCAGGGAUUAAAGGCGUGUGCCACCACCUUCCCCAGCUUGAACUAUGUUUUUAACUAUCUAAGCAUUAGAUUGAAAUGAAAAGGACAAGCUGCAUAAGCAUAAACCUGUAUUUUGAGUUUUUAAAAUGCCACCCUUUCAGUUAGAAGUGUGUGUGUGUUCGUAGAACCCAGGAGGCUGGGUUUUAUAGCAGUUCAUAUAGAAAUGUUUUCUUAAGGAAAUGAGAGGUUGGUUUUGAACCAGCUAUUCACAAAGCUAAUGCAUGCCAUCUGUGAUGGUAGGGGUUUAAACAACUCUGCAUGGUGCAUUCGCCCACACAUGCCUGAAUGGAUGCAUUAAUAGGUUGAAUGUGUCCACAGGCAGGUAAGCAAAGUUGUGAAGAUGGUGACUCUAUAAGGACCGGGGGAGGGGGUGGGAGUGUCCUCAGGAACAGAGGGUAUAGCUGCGAACGGAGGACAGUUUGGAAAUGAUGUAACGGCUGCCACAAAGUUUCAACUAAACUAUAAAAAGGAAGAGGAGUUAGAUUUGCUUUGCAUAGCUUCAGAGGCAAACAGAAUAGAAACCGGAGAGAACUUUACAGAUGACAGAUGUUUGCUCAAGAUAAGCAUCUUCUAGUAAGGAGUGCUCUAAAGAAGAAAAAGAUGUCCUGCUGUAGCAGAUGCCCAUGGGUUAACUGAGCCACGCCUAUCCCAGGUGCUGUGAAUGGGACUGUCAUGUUGGUUUGGGGCAGGAUGACAGGAAAGCUCUUUUCCAAAUAGUCUCGAUAGGAAUGAGACGCUCCAGCUGGAGACAGCCUUUCUCUGUUUUCGUCCUGUGGGAGGACAGUGGGAUCCUCAAAAAGAACUUGGUCAAAGAAUCCCAUGUCAUUUCUGCUGUUAAGCCAAAGGCCUUCAAGAGUUCUCAGAUACCCAAGUGCUUGAAGCAUGGGCAAGAAGGUCAUCCCUAGCCCGGCGCUGUCAAGGGCCCUGUCUCUGAGGUAGCAUAGAGUGCACAGUACCUGUGCUGUCUAAUCUCCUACCCCCUCGGUUAAUUCUUCUUGCUUUGGUGCUUCUCCUGGACUGUUUAGAAUUUCGUUGUUUCACCAUUAAUCAAACAUUGGUUGAAAAAAAAAAUAUUCCCGGGGCUGGAAAGAUGGCUCAGAGGUUAAGAGCAUUGCCUGCUCUUCCAAAGGUCCUGAGUUCAAUUCCCAGCAACCACAUGGUGGCUCA